AUGAUGCAGGCUUUGCUCCAUCGAUUACUUACAAAAACAUCAAACGAUUUAAACCAAGCACAACAAGAACUGAAAUGGUUAACGAUUUAUGUAUUACAGCAAACUAAAAAUCCUAUUUUGAAUAAAUUAAAAACAUCGAUAAUUUCUACCAAUGAAAUUAUUAAAAAUUUAAAUAAUAAUGAAAAAUUACUUUUAAGUAAAUAUGUUAAUGAAAGGGUUGAAAAAUCUAAACCAUUACAGUAUAUACUUGGAACUCAGCCAUUUUGUGAUUUGGAAAUAAUCACAAAACCACCUGUAUUAAUUCCCAGAUGGGAAACAGAAGAAUGGACUAGUCGUUUAAUAGCUCUAUUAAAACCUCGUUUUUCAACAAACACCACCUUUGCAUCCCAGAAAUCUUCCUUUAAAAUUAUUGACAUUUGCACAGGAUCAGGAUGUAUAGCAUUGGCACUCUCAAAUGCACUUCCAAAAAAUUCAUGUUAUAUUAAUGGUGUAGAUAUUUCUAAUGAUGCACUUUCCCUUGCUAAUUUAAAUCUUUCGAUAAUGGAUUCUUGUAAAAAAAUACAUAAUCAUGUUGAAUUUUUCCACUUUGAUAUCAUGAAGUCUACUGAUGAACAAAUUUAUGAAUUUAUGCAAAAGAGCAAUGGUUAUGAUUUAGUGGUUUCUAAUCCACCUUAUAUUUCUCAUGAUGAAUAUUUGACAUUAGAUGAAGAUGUUAGAUUGUGGGAAGAUAAAUUGGCAAUGGUUGCUGAUGAGAAUGGCACAAUAUUUCAUAAUAGAAUCGCAUAUUUAACAGCUAGAUAUUUGUUUAAAAAAAAUAGUCCCUUUACAAAUGUUUGGAAAAAUAAGAUACCACAAUUGGUUAUGGAAAUUGGAGGUAGUCAUCAAAUAUCUAGUAUUGUCGAAGAAUUAAAAAAAUACAACUUUAAAUCUGUAGAUAUCUGGAAAGACAGUGCUGGCAAAGCAGGUCAUGCUUUAGUAAGUGAGAAAGGAAAACAAUUAAAGCGUUUAUCAGCUAUUUUACG